AUGUCGCGAGCAUCAUCAACUAUAACGCAUAUAGGCGAACCAUCAACACCUUCAUCACCUAGAAAACAAUCAACCACUUUAGAUAAUAAACCGAUAUCAUCACACACAUUAAAGAAGUAUCCAUGGAGACCUUAUGUCACGCCGUUCGAAGAGAUUUUGGCUAAAAAUUAUCAAGGUAAUGGUACGAAUGAAGAUCCAUAUAUAAUCGAUUGGAUACCCAAUGACAAAGAAGAUCCUCAAACUUGGCCUGCUGUAUACAAAUGGACCUGCAUCGCUGUCGUAUCAUGGCUUACAUUAGCAGUGGCACUUUCGUCAUCGGCAUACACCGGUGGUGCAGAAGACCUAAUCACUGAAUUUCAUACAUCAUACGAAUUAGUGGUGGCGGGUGUAUCUUUAUUCGUCGUUGGAUUCGCGUUCGGACCUCUAUUCUGGGCACCGAUGUCCGAAGUUUUCGGUAGAAGAUUAUCAUACAUAGUCUCCUACGCCUUUUUGACUAUUUGGACAGGAGCAGCUGCCGGUUCCAAGAACAUGGCUCAGCUCCUCGUUUUCAGAUUUUUGGCAGGUUUAUUCGGUUCAUCUCCUUUAGCAAAUGCAGGAGGUACCAUCUCAGACGUCUUGGAUGCCAAUCAAAGAGGUUUAGGCAUGGCUUUGUUCUCUGCCGCACCGUUCCUUGGACCAUCUCUUGGACCAAUCACCGGUGGUUUCCUAGGUCUCAAAGCCGGCUGGAGAUGGGUAGAGGGAUUCUUGUGUAUCUUCGUCGGAGUGAUGCUCAUCAUGGUUGCCCUACUUGGAUCGGAAACUUACGCGCCUUACUUGUUGAGGAAACGAGCUGCAAAACUUAGCAAAGUUACUGGAAAAGUCUAUCGAUUUAGAGGAGAUGCCAAGAAGCCUUUGGUCGUAAAAGAGCUCUUCCAAGCGUCCCUCGUUAGACCUUGGAAAUUCUUGAUCUUCGAGCCCAUCGUUUCCAUCUUAUCAGUGUACAUUGCCCUUAUUUACGGUAUCCUUUAUCUCAACUUCGCUGCUUACCCAAUCGUCUUCCAGCAAGGUCACGGGUGGAAUGUCGGUAUCGGAGGAUUAGCUUUCUUAGGUGUAUUGAUCGGUACUGUUUUAUCAGUUAUAGUUUCAAUCGUUUGGGUGAAUCCUCAAUAUGUCAAAACAGCAAAAAGGAAAGGUGGAAGAGCCGAACCUGAAGAUAGAUUACCUUCUGCUAUCUGGGGAGGAGGUUUGAUCGUACUUGGUUUAGCUGGUUUCGCAGCUACUGACGGACCAAAUGUUCAUUGGAUCGCUCCUAUCAUUUUUGGUAUUCCUUUCGGUCUAGGUUUGAUCAUCGUCUUCUUGGCUGUUUUAGGUUAUUUAGUUGACAGUUACACUAUCUACGCCGCCUCUGUUCUCGCGGCGAAUUCAGUCCUUCGAUCAUUAUUCGGUGCUGCGUUCCCCUUAUUCACUCGACAAAUGUUCGCCAAAUUGGGUGUUCACUGGGGUGUCGCAUUACCUGGAUUCUUAGCAUUAGCUUGUAUUCCAUUCACCUGGAUGUUUUACAAAUACGGAGCUAAGAUCAGAGCUAAAUGUAAAUACGCUUCUGAUGCCGAAAAACAAAUGGCAAUGAUCAUGGCGGCUAGAAUGGCUCAAUCGAAGAGGGAUGACGAAGAAGCCGCUAUCGCAUCAGGUAGAACCACCCCUGCUCAUGCUCCUGUCCCUGCUCAUCAAGUCAAGACGGAAGGACAAGGAAUCGAUCAACAACCUGCAGAACAACAAGGUGGAACAGGAAACAAACCUCUAGUAGAACAAGAAAACCAAAUCGGAUUAUCAUCAAAUAUCCCAUCACAUAUCCCCCAACAUCUACAUCACGAAUGGACAAUAUAUGAGGUUUUGGCAGAUAGAGACGAAGUCGAUCUUGAAGAUGAUGAAAGAAUCAGAUUAAAUGAAUUACAUGAAAAAUUCGAUUAUCAAAAAGCGAACAAACAUCCCAGAGCAUAA